AAGUGUAUAAAAGGAGCCUCAGAUGAAUAUUCUCUGUAGUAUAGGUCUGAUAGAUGUCCUCUGGUCAUGUUGUUGAUACUGAGUCUUUGGCUGCUUGUAGUUUCUCCAGCGCUCUCUGCCCCAGUCAGAGGGCCGUGUAGCAAGGUAAGGAAUAAACUGCUGCUCGUCUCCUUUGAUGGAUUCAGGUGGGACUAUGACCGGGAUGUGGACACCCCAAAUUUGGACAAGAUGGCUGAAGAUGGAGUGAAAGCUGCUUAUGUCACCCCACCAUAUCUAACCAUUACCAGCCCUACACACUUCACUCUACUAACAGGACGUUACAUUGAGAAUCAUGGAGUGAUCCACAACAUGUGGUUCAACACCACCACUCAGGAGAAGAAGCAAUACUACAUGACACAGUUUGUUGAUGACUACUGGGACAAUGGUUCUCUACCUAUAUGGAUAACAGCUCAAAGACAGGGUCUGAAAACUGGCUCCUUACAUUUUCCGGGCACCGCCGCCACCUAUCGGAAUGAGAUGAUACAAACAAGAGAGGUGGAACCUCGAUUCUAUGACUAUUCCAAUGAGACAGACUGGAGACAGAAUGUGGAUAAGGUCAUGGGAGACUGGUUUAAAACACAGGAUCUGGACUUUGUCUCACUAUAUUUUGGUGAACCAGAUGAAACAGGACACAAAUAUGGCCCUGACUCCCCAGAGCGCCGCGAUGCCGUCAGAAAGGUGGACCGCACUGUUGGCUAUAUACGUGAAGCGGCUGAGAAGCAUGGUCUUACUGACCACCUGAACAUCAUCAUCACUGCUGAUCAUGGUAUGACUACUGUGUUUAGAGGGGAUGGAGUCAAUGAGAUUACCCUAUCCAAAAUUCCAGGCUUUUCCUUUAAGGAUAUUCAGUUCCAGUUGUUGGACUAUGGCCCUAGUGGAAUGCUUUUGCCCAAAGAGGGCAUGCUGGAGAAAGUCUUCCGCAGCCUGAAAGAUGCUCAUCCUAACCUGCAUGUCUAUAAGAAGGAAGACAUGCCUGCUCGCCUUCAUUAUUCAAAACAUCCACGCAUUUUACCCAUCAUUCUCUAUGCUGACCCAGGAUAUGUAAUCAAUGGGCUGUUUCCAGUUCAGUACAAUAAAGGAGAGCAUGGCUUUGAUAACAAUGUCUUGGAUAUGAAGCCUUUCUUCAGGGCAGUGGGGCCUGACUUCCACCAAAAUCUGGUGGUGGGACCCUUUGAAACAGUCAAUGUGUACCCCUUAAUGUGCCACCUGUUAGGAAUAAAGCCUGAGGUCAAUGAUGGCUCCCUGGACAACACCAGACACCUUCUGCUCUCUGGUGGGGAAUCUUGUGACCCUAAAGAAUCAAGACAGAUGAGCCUCUUAAUUGGCCUCGCUGCUGUGGCUGGGUUUCUGGUAGUUGUUUUCAUCACUGUUACCUCCUAUUUUGUCUAUAGACGGAACAGAGCAAGUAAAAGGUCUGAUGGCAAAGAAAACAUCAAGGACAACAUAGACUUAAAGCAAGUAACGUUGUGAUCUGCAUUUAAUUACAGUUUUUUUUGUCAGAAAUAAUUUUCACAGAUUUUUUUUUAUUCUCAUAAUAACGCAAGAAAAUGAGGAGACCAUAUGUCGAGGAAUUUGUGCAAUCUACUUGAUUAAUUGGGCUAUUACUGUUAUUGUUUACAAUUAAUGAAUUGAGUAGAUUGCCCUGUUCACUCAGCAUGUCAGGCCAUCGUUUUUGUAAAUAGUUUAAUGUAACUUUGAGGUAUUACAUUGUACGUGAUAAUUAUGUCUGAGGUCUGUAUCAAUUUAUCACUCCUGAUUUUAGAAAAAAUGCACCACAUGUUGCUCAUUUAAUAUUAUAACAUUUGCAACCAAGGUUUGAAAAGGCAUAACGCAGUGAAAUCUUGCCUAUACCCCUUCGAUGAAGCAUUUGAAGGCUGUCUUUAUUACCGUAAUAUAAUCUCAUAUCAAAUUGAA